AUGCCCGGCACGGUCCUGCUGCGUGAGGGGGCUCCUGGUGACAGCAUGAUGGUAGUCUCCAAGGGCCGUGUCGCUGCCUCGGUGAAUGGUCGGGUGGUGAAACACCUUGGAGAAGGCUCUUACUUUGGAGAACUCGUGUUCUUGGGUGCGGCUCUCCUGCGAACAGCGACAGUGACUGCCACGACCUUCUGCGAUGUGCGGAUCAUCUACAAUCGCAGUUUCAAGAGGAUCGCGGACAAGUAUCCAGAG